GCGGGGCUGGGAUGAGCUUUGUCCCCCCCCCCCCCCCCCCGAAAGCAGCUGGAGGCUUCGCUCCGCCACGUUAUUAAUAGCAAACGCCGCCCUUCGCGUCCCGCGCUUCGGCAGCUCUCCCAGCCCCAGCUUCUCCCUCCUGCGGCCCCUCGGCGGGCUCAAGCCGCUCUCCGCCGGGAAAAGGGCCCGGGCAUGGCCCCACUGCCUCGCCGCUUCCUCUGCUUCAUGCUCGCCCACCACUUCAUCGCAGCGACGGCGUGCCACGAGGCGGAGUACGGCCGGCAGAUCCGCGAGCGCUGCCUCCGGCCCUUCAAGCUGAGCAUGGAGGGCAUCGGGCAGCGGCUGUGGUGCGACUGGGACGAGACCAUGGGCACCUACGGGGAGCUGACCAACUGCACGGUGGCCGUGGCCGAGAACCUCACCUGCUACUGGCCCAACCGGCUGGUGGACGAGUUCUUCGUCGCCGUGCACCGCCACUACUUCAGGAACUGCUCCCCGUCCGGCCGGGCGCUGCACGACCCCCCCAACGGCGUGCUCUGCCCCUUCAUCCUGGUGCCCGUCCUCGUCACCCUGCUGAUGACGGCGCUGGUGGUGUGGAGGAGCAAACGCAGCGAGGGCAUCGUCUAGGGAUGGGUUUUGGGCACGGCACAGCCGAGGAGCAUCCCAAGGGUGCCGAGGCCCCGCGGCAUCCCCGCUGGUCCCCUCCGCAGGCGGCGGUUCCCAAUUAAAUCAAUUGUUAACGAGCCGGUCACUGGACGGCGCGGGAUGCUGGUGGCGGUGAGGAUGCUGCUCGCCGGGUACCAGGGCAGUGCUGCGGCAACACUCGGCCUCUCCCUGCUUCCCUCCCAGCACCCCACAGCUCCCACUGGGGAAAAAAAAAGAAGGAAAAUUUGGGAAAAUAAGG